GUGUUUAUUCAAGAGGAGCCUGGCAGAGAGCAGGAGUGUGCCAGCGGCGGCUGUGGGCUUUCUUGCUCCUGCUUGGACGGGAGGCCGUGGCCUAGGGCUCCAAACCUGGGCCAGGGCCAAGGCAGGCCCGGUGGGUGCUGCCUCAGCCUUGCCUCCCUCCACACAGGGACAGCAUUAUCUCCAGAGAGACUAAGGACCCUGGAUUCCUCCACUGACAGGGGGUUGGCCUCUGGAUGGAGAGGGUCCUGGAUGUCGCAGGUCAGCACCUUUUGGACCCCUGAGGCCUGUACUCAGGGUCCAGGGACAAUUGCCACCUCCAGCCAGCCUGGUGGGCAUCUUCUACACCUAGGACAUGGACACCCGUGAUGAUGUCCCUCCAGCCAAAGUUCUGGCUCCAGUGGCUGUGUACUGUGGCAGUGUCCCUCGGACCAGUGUUGGGCUCCGAGUGCCCCCAUCUGGAAGCAUCGACUCCGGUCUUCUUGCUUAUGGUGAAGCCUCUCUGCAGUCAGUGUCCAGUGUCCUGCCGAGCAGUGAGAAGCCAUCAGAGCUCUUGAAUACACAUGAGGACCAGGGUAGCCUCACACUGGACGCUCCUUUGAAAGGCUUGCAGGCCAGGAAUGGCUACUCUAGGAACCUCAGAAAUCUACCCUUGGGGCCCCACCCUGUGGCAGCCAUCCCCUCCCUGGAGUCAGAGGCCAGCAGUGUGGCCCGGGACACUAUCCAGAUUAAAGACAAGCUUAAGAAAAGGCGGCUCUCAGAAGGCAUGGCAGCAUCUUUUCAAGCCUCUCUGGAUCCUGGAGGAGGCCCCAAAGGAGUUCCCCUGAGGAGCACCAUCCCCCGUACCACCUCACAGAGGCUCCUGAGGGUGCCCAGGCCAAUGCCUCCCAUCCAGAGCAUCCCCACCACCCCCGAGGCCAGCAGUGCCAAGGAGAAGGAGCUGGAUCCUCCUGGGGGCAGACAGGGUCUCCAGGCCUUGGGAGCCAGUGCCCAGGAGGUGCAGGUUUCCCGGCAAUACUUGCAUUGUAACGAUGAGAAGAUGCACAAGUCUUUAGGAGGCAUAGUGAUCCCGCCCAUCCCGAAGACUCGGAUGCCCACAGGGACCUCUUCCGGCAGGCCUGGCUCCCUGCCCAACCCCUUGGGUCCAGGCCAGGAUGUGCUUACGGGACCCAGGGCCCCACAGACGCAACUGACUUGUGAGAACAGGCCUCUGGAAAAGACCCCUCAACCUCUGGGGUCAAAGCCAAAGGUCCCAGCUGUCAAAGCCAAGCCUGCUGGAGCAGCCCCAAAGUCCCUGGCUUCAUCACAGUCUGCCUCUACUUCGACAGAGCUCUCCUCCAGCCAUGCCAAAGAAACCUGCUCCCUGGGGAAUGAAGAGGACCAGAAGGAGGCCAGCGCAAAGGUCCAAGUCACCAUUUCCAAGUCUGCUCAGGAAAAGAUGAGACUGAAGCAGCUGACAGAGAUGGAGCUGCUCCGGAGGGCGAAGGAGCCAGAGACGGGCCGAGAGUCAGCUUCCCAGGGCUUGGGCACGUGGAGAACCUCAGCAAAGGAAGGCCUCCUUCCUUUGCGGGGCAGUGGAACUCUGUCUGUGCCCACUGGGAUGAGCAGCCCACGCAGAAACAACGUUGGAGUCCUCCUGAGAAAGCGGGCCAACCGAGCCUCCCUUCCCAGCAUCCCUGUCAGCAAGCAAGAGCCUAGCUUUGCCCGCCAUGCAUCAGCCAACUCAUUGCCUGCCGUGCUUACCUUGGGCUCUCCUGAAUGGGAGGAAGAGGAGGAGGAGAUGGAUCUGCGAGCCUUCAGGGAGUUGAGGCCCUUCUCGAACCCAGAGCUGGGGUUGACAGAUGCCCUCCAGUGCCUCAACAGCAAUGACUGGCAAAUGAAGGAAAAGGGCCUGAAGAGCAUCCAGCGCCUGGCAGCUUGUCACUCGGAGGUCCUCGGUCCACGGCUGCAUGAUGUGUCCUUGGCAGUGAUUGCGGAGGUCACCAACCUCCGCUCCAAGGUGUCCCGCCUGGCCAUCAGCACCCUGGGAGACCUCUUCCGAGCUCUGAAGAAGAGCAUGGACCAGGAGGCCGAGGAGAUUGCUCGCUGCCUUCUGCAGAAGAUGGGGAACACCAGCGAGUUUAUCCAGCGGGCAGCCAACCGGGCUCUGGGUGCCAUGGUGGAAAACGUGACUCCUGCCCGUGCACUGGUGGCUCUCACGUCUGCGGGUGUCUACCACCGGAACCCCUUAGUCCGGAAAUGUACCGCCAAGCAUCUCUCAGCCGUCCUGGAGCAGAUCGGUGCAGAGAAGCUUCUCUCAGGCUCCAGAGACAACACAGACAUGCUGGUGCACAACCUGGUGAGAUUGGCCCAGGACUCUAACCAAGACACCAGGUUUUAUGGGCGGAAGAUGGUGAAUAUCUUGAUGGCAAAUGCAAAGUUUGAUGCCUUUCUCAAGCAGUCCCUCCCGUCUCAUGACCUACGGAAAGUCAUGGCAGCCAUCAAACAACGGGGAAUACAAGACAAUCAUGAACUUCCAUCUGCCAAAGGCCGCAAGGUGUCAAAGAGUCUGGUGGUGUGUGAGAACGGGCUGCCUAGUCAGGAGGGGGGUCAGCCCCUGCUUCCGCCUAGGCUUGGCUCCAAUGGCCCACGGCUGAUGGCGCUUCGCUCCUCCUUGCGGGGUGGUGUGGAGAUGGCAGAGCAGCUCCGGGAGCUAACCAGGCUGUUGGAGGCCAAGGAGUUCCAGGCUCGGAUGGAAGGCGUUGGGAAGCUUCUCGAAUACUGCAAAGCCAAGCCAGAGCUCAUCGCUGCCAACCUAGUCCAGGUCUUUGAUGCUUUUACCCCAAGGCUUCAGGAUUCCAACAAGAAAGUGAACCAAUGGGCACUGGAAUCCCUUGCGCAGAUGAUUCCCAUGCUGAAGGAGAGCAUACAUCCUAUGCUGCUCUCCCUCAUCAUCGCAAUUGCAGACAACCUCAACUCCAAGAACUCCGGGAUUUCCACUGCUGCGUCCACUGCGCUGGAUGCCAUGAUGGACAGCCUCGACCACCUUUGCCUCCUGCAAGCGUUUGCCGGGCGUGUGCGUUUCCUGAGUGGUCCUGCGGUGCUGGAUGUCACAGAACGCCUCUCAGUGCUGGUGGCCUCAGUGUACCCCAGAAAGCCUCAGGCUGUGGAGCGGCACAUCCUUCCUGUCCUCUGGUACUUACUGAACAAAAUGACUGGCAACGGUGUGCUGCCUGGGCGCGGAGGGAACGUCCGCACGGUGGUGUGCAGGCUGGCCAGGAGCCUCCAGGAGCAAAUGGGGUCCCGCCUGCAAGACUUUGCUGCUAAUCAACCCCAGCAAGUCCUCAAGACACUCCAGGCACUUUUAGACUCUGAAUGUCUGGAGGGCAACGACAAGGUGACCGGUGGAGGGAUGACCCCUGACAGUGCGAUGACAGGAACCACUUGCCCCCAGCAGCUGGAUUAGAGAUGAGUCUGAAAUGGGCAAUUAUUAUUUUUUACCUUAUUUUAUUUUUAUGAUGGAGUCACCUCAUGGUCCACUUUCCUCCUUAGAGUCUGCAAUGUAUAUAGUAUAUUUUGAAGUAGAAAUAAAAGAAC